AUGGACUCGGUGGUCCAGUCUCCGCUGCCUCCGGCGUCGGACCUCUCCCCCUCGAUCCUCUCCUUCCUCAACACCAAGCUCCGCACCAAUCACAAUCUGAGCCAGGCUCCGACUCUCCUCUCGGAGCUCCAGGCCCACUGCGCCGACCUGGAUCAAGCCCUAGUCGACCUCAAUCGGAGCCUCGGAUCUUCCCUUCUAGCUUACGCCUCCGUCUCCGAUCGCGCCCACGGCUUCUUAGGCCUCAUCAGUUCCCAAUUGACCUCCCUCCAGUCUUCUACUCGCUCCCGCAGCUCAGAUGGAGAAGGAAGAGUGGAGCAGGUACUGGGGGAAGAGCUGCCGGCGCUGGCGAAGGAAGUGGCUAGGGUUGAGUCAGUUAGAGCAUAUGCAGAGACAGCAGUGAAGCUUCAAACUAUGAUUGGUGAUAUUGAAGAUGCUGUAUCGUCCACCAUGCAGAAAAACUCAUGGAAGCAUUCCGUGAAACAGAAUUCAGAAGAACUGCGUCUGGCUGCUAUUAAAACCCUUAAACUGACGGAAGACAUUUUAACUUCAGUUACAAAGACGCACCCUCAGUGGGCACAUCUUGUGUCAGCAGUUGAUCAUAGAGUAGAUAGGGCUCUGGCCAUUCUACGGCCCCAGGCUAUAGCAGAUCACAGGGCACUUCUUACUUCCCUUGGAUGGCCUCCACCUCUUUCAACUUUGACUUCCUCAACUCCAGCUUCAGGGAGAUCAAAUGAUGUUCAAAAUCCUCUUUGCACAAUGCAAGGAGAUGUUAAAGACCAGUACUGUGAGAACUUUUUUGCCCUUUGCAGCCUACAAGAAUUGCAAAGACGAAGAAAAUCGCGGCAACUUGAGGGAUAUAAUCGGGAACUUGCUCUCUACCAGCCACUUUGGGUGAUUGAAGAGCUUGUAAAUCCCAUUGCCUUGGCAUCCCAACGCCAUUUCUCAAAAUGGAUUGAGAAGCCAGAAUUUAUAUUUGCUCUUGUCUACAAGAUCACCAGAGAUUAUGUUGACUCUAUGGAUGAGCUAUUGCAGCCAUUGGUUGAUGAAGCAAUGUUAACUGGGUACAGUUGCAGAGAAGAAUGGAUUUCAGGAAUGGUAUCCUCCUUAUCGACAUACUUGGCAAAAGAGAUAUUCCCAAAAUACGCUCAACCCGAUGAGGAUGGUGUGAUGGGUACUCAGGAACAGGCUAAAACAUAUUGGCUUCAUCUUGUGGACUUGAUGAUAUCUUUUGAUAAACGAAUCAAGUCUCUGAUAGAACAUUCUGGAAUCUUACUUUCAUUUGAGGAUGACGGUAACUUCGUAAAGGCUUCUUCUCUUAAUGUUUUCUGUGAUCGACCAGAUUGGCUUGAUUUAUGGGCAGAGAUAGAAUUAAGUGAUAUACUAGAUAAGUUGAAACUUGAAACUACCAAUGAGAGAAAUUGGACAGUGAAAGUCCAAGGAGCAGGUCUUUUAUCUGAUGCUGAAGAUCACAAAGCUCCUGUAAUUUCCAGUGCCUAUCUUCAGUACCUAUCAUCUGUGAUUGAUCAUUGCCGAUCAUUGCCUAGAAUCUCUAUGCGGUCAAGGUUUCUCAGAUUAGCUGGGGGACCUAUUAUACACAAAUUUUUAGACUGCUUACUCUUUAGGUGUCAAGAAGCUGAAGGUUUGACUGCCUUGACAGACAAUGAUGCUUUGAUUAAAGUUGCCGAUUGCAUUAAUGCUGCUCGCUACUUUGAAUCUGUUUUGAAGGAAUGGUGUGAGGACGUAUUUUUCCUUGAAAUUGGGUCAAAUCAGUACGAUCAACCAGGACUGUCGGUUAGUGAGCAAGCUGGCAAUGUAGAUCCAGUUGAAGGUCCUGAAAAUGGUAUUUUCUACAAAGACAUUGUAAAGUUGGAGGAGUUUAGAACAGAGUGGGCUGAAAAAAUUUCUGUUGUUAUAUUGAGGGGAUUCGAUGCUCAAUGUCGAGAUUAUGUGAAGAACAGAAGGCAGUGGCAGGAAAAGGUUGAGGAUAGUUGGGCAGUAUCUAAGUAUUUAGUUGGCGCGCUUGAUUAUUUGCAAGGUAAAGUAUCGGUGGUAGAAGUUAAUUUGAAUGCAGUAGACUUUGUUGGUGUAUGGAGAAGUUUGGCUGGUGGGAUAGAUCGACUGUUUUUCAGUGGUAUUCUAAUGAGCAAUGCAAAGUUUCAUGAUGGAGGAGUUGAGAGGUUUGGUAGUGAUUUAGAGGUUUUAUUUGGGGCAUUUGGUGCUUGGUGUUUGAGACCCGAGGGUUUCUUCCCUAGAGUAAGUGAGGGACUGAAGCUGUUGAAAAUGGGGGAAGACGAUCUUCAAAGUAGUUUGGCAGGAGAGGAGACAUGGCUGAAGGAGAAAGGAAUUAGACAUUUGAGCGUGGCCGAGGCAGAGAAGAUUGUGAAGAGUAGAGUAUUUACAAGUUGAGGGGCGCCCCAAGUGUUGUGUUGUACAUGAAGAGAAACAUUCAUGCCAUUUUGAGGAAAAUUGUUCAGUUCUUUGUAGUUGCUGACUAUCUCGAUUAGUUGUUAAAUUUGAUCAAAAUUUCUCAUAGAUUUGCUUAUACAAUUAAAUGAU